UGUUGCAAUCGGCACUUCGGGUGGUCAUUUUCACCAGCAUAUUUUGCCUAUGUUCAAGUGUAAUAGAUAAGAUAAUUGGUCCAGGGGUCUUCAAAUUCCAGUCAUUUAAACACUGUGACCCACCAGCAACAGAAGUCGAUUUGUGGAUGACGCAGAGAAAAUUUAACAGGACCACUAAUGUUAUAGAUUUGACAUUGUCUACACCGUGGCCACUUAGUGAUGACAUCGUACUGGAGAUAAAGACUGCGACCAAGAAAGACGGCGGAUACAAACCCGGCUCCUUCUACAUGAAAGGUCCAUUCUGCAAAACGCUACAAUCACUUACCGGAGAUUUGUUCAAUGCGAUUUUGAAUGCUACAGGGGUUGAGGAGUGCCCCAUACCAGGUGAUGUAAAAGUGGACGACUUCUACGUGGACAGUGAAAAACUAAACGAUCAAAUGCUGUACGGGGACUACAGAGUCGAACUGUUCUUUUUUGUCGACAGUCAAACGAAAGGAUGCUAUCUCAUGUACAUGCAAUUGAUGUCUGAAGAAGACGAAUAAGUUUUUCAAUAAAAUAAUAUUCUAAAGUCAUGUUUAU